AUGACGAUGUCGUUUUCUUCUGACUUUUUAUCUUGUCAUCGAAGGAAGACACCUCACCUUUCUAAAGAGGAGCCCCCGGUGCGCCUUUUCGAACAUGAUCCGGGAUUGGCAUACUACGAGUACUUUGACACAAAACAGUGUGUAAAUAACAAUAGUACUGAAGAUUUAAUGUAUCAAAACAGUGAGGACAAAACUCGGACAAAACCAAAAGGUUUUUACAACAGCUGCAAUAGAUCAAGACAUUCAACAAUAAAUUGUAAUGAGAACCUGAGCCUCUUCGUUAAAUCUUUCAAAAAGAAAUUUGAUCGCGUGUAUCAACUACUGAUGGAUUACUACCUGAUAUUUGGCACCAUCUUCUUCGUCCUUGUGAUGGGUUUUGUUUUGCCUGAUUCCGCACUUAAGAUCAAUACUGGUAAAGAACUCAGGUCUAUGAAAAAAAUGGUAAACAUGAUGUAUAAUGAAGUGAAUCGUGCUGAGGCAGCGUGCUUGACUGCAGCUGAUAAUUUAUGUCACCUUCAAUGCUCCAUGCAAGAUGGAUCUACUGAAACUCCAACAACGAAGCUUCGAGAUCUUUCCGUGUGCACCAGCCGUUGCUUGCAACCAACCCGCCCGGAGCCAGUGCAGGUCGAGAAAAAAAUUGGUUUCUUUAGAAGAAUAUUCCGCCUAGCAAGACAUAGUUCUGAAGAAAUAACAAUAAUGUCCUAUGUGUACACUAACUCUUUCGACGCCCUCGAGCCGAAUAACAACAGCAAAGUGAGGUGA